AUAGUGCGGUCACUCGAUGGCUGGCAACGCCGACACGCGUACGUUGUUUGGGUGUUAGUGGAGGUGUGUAGUGCAACAUAACCCAUAUGAUAACGGACCAAAGUCCAAUUUGCAUUGAUGCAACACGCUGCAUAGGUUUUACGUAGGUCUCAGUUGACCAGCCGAGAUGGACCCCCGCAGCAUCCGCGCUCGUAUCGUGGGCGAGGUCUACACAUGUUUGGCGUUCUGGUUGACUGUUUCGGCCCUGCCCGCGCUGGCCUUCUCCUAUAUCGUUGUAAGAUUCAGCAAGAACCUGUGGCUGAAAAUAUUGUCCAGUAGAUAUCCCAACCUAGAGUUCAUCAGGACUGUCACUAUACGCGCACUUCUGGACACACACAGAAAUCAAGGAAUUAUCAAUGUUUUACUUUGUGUCAAAGGUGGACUAAACGAGGACGCGAUACGUCACCAGCUAGCCCAGCACCUGAUAGACCGGCGAGACGAGCGCGGGGGGCUGGUGUUCCCCCGCCUGCGCCACGUGCUCGUGUCCACGUGGGGCAACUACGCCUGGGACGCCAACGUACCCUUCAGACUGGAGAACCACUUCAUCGUCGCCAACGGCAUACACCGAGGCCGCCCCGUCAGUGAUAGCAAUAUUCAGGAGUAUGUAAGCGAUAAAAUAUCCAAAUAUUUCCCACCGGACCAGCCGCCGUGGCAGUACAUAAUCAUACCCUGCGUCUCGCUGGACCCCAAAUAUUAUGUCCUGGUAAGGGUUCACCAUUUGCUACUAACCGGCAAGGGAUCCCUUAAUAUUGGCGAUAUGUUACUUUUAGAACAAACGUCGAACCAAGUGGAGGAUUUGGAUUACUACCAGAAAAGUCCUCUGGGGAAGUUGUUCCCCCAGCCGUCGGCUAUACCGGAACUGUGGGGUAAAUUGAACGAGACGAUGUCCAAUAUUUGGAAUGAGUUUAUAUCGGAGUACGAUCCGAUCGAGAGCCCGUGCGCGAUGAAAUCGCUGCCUGGAGCGUUUCAUGUCGCUGGAAUAGUGCUCAUAUCUGCUGCGAGCGCUCUAAGAGAGUUGAAGAAGAAGAGAGCUAGCAAUCGCGACACGCACCCGACACUCACGGCUACUAAAUUUAUAGCGGCAGUUAAACGAGAGUGCAAGAAGAGAAGUCUAAACGCACCUAAGCUUCUACUGGCACCUCUAGUAACUGUGGACCCAAGAAAAUGGCCAAGGAAACUGUUUAAGACAACAGUCUCAACGGCGUACUCCAUAGUUACUCUACCGUUUAAGAUACGUGAUGAGCUCACAGCUCUCUAUGAUCUCAGAUUUAAGGGAGAAGUGAAACAAAUGAAUACCCUCACAUGGAAGUACGGAGAGCUAGGGCAGUUAUGGAUAAAGGCAACUGUAGAGACUUGGAGAUAUCUCAUUGAAGCGUAUAGAGCACCAGCCCAGUUAUGGUCUGAUGCGAUGAGGAAUGAUACUGGAAAACAGCACAUGUUACAAACUAUUUCGCUUUGUGGACGAAAGGCUAUAUCAUGGUCGAAACCAAUUUCUAGGGCCAGUAUGGAGAGGGCAGCGCGCGCUUUAGGCGUGACGUCAACUGACAUAGCGUUGUACGCUGCCACGGAGUCUUUGAGGGCGUUCUUCGAGCAAGCGCAGAGCGACACGCCCGAGAACGUCCUCGUCACUGCUCGCGCCGCCACCGAAGACUUCCUGUACACAUUCUCAGAGGGCAACGGGAAGAGAUUCAAGAAGGACCACACUGGAGGUAUGGUGUGCCUGUCCCUGCCAAUCGGAGCUUCGCCUCGCCGCAUCGCUGCCGUCAUAGACGAAGCCUGCAAGCGACAGAAAGGUUUAGCAGCCCUUUGGGCCGCGCAAACCAACUGCGGAGCUCUCACUAGAUCGGUCCCUUCGCCCUUCGCUCGUCUAACUCUGAACAUGCUGUCGAGGAGAUACGCGGUCUCGUAUGCAGAAAUAAACGCACCAAUAAACGGAGAGAGAAAGACUACACUAUGGCGUCAGACUGUAGAAGAUGUGUUAUAUUGGAGACCCCCUCAAGCUAAUAUAAGUAUGUCUCUAACAAUAAUCCAGUACGCGGAUACGGUGCGACUCGCUGUAAUGACGGACGCUCGACUGGCGCCCGCGCACACCGUGCCGAGCGCGCGCUGGCCCGCCGCUGUCCUACAACUACUGGACAGAAUAGAGAGGAUAGCUGCACAGUCGCAGCAGGAACAACAGCUGACAGAACAACGAGUAAUAGAAGAGCAGCUGACAGAACCACAAGAAACAGAACCAGAACCGACAGAACGUACAUUUGACUCGCUGCGACCCCCUAACGUUCAAGCCGUGAGCCCUCCGCCCACACCACAAUCAGCUGACGAGUUUGCGUAACUCUGUUCUUACUUUUUGAGCAGCGAACUUGUUGUGUCAGAUAAAAUAAUUCAAACUGUAUAAUUUAUUGCUUAAUUUGUUUGUCAAAAAACCAAAAUGUGGCAGGUCUAGCUGUAUAAACUACCUAUAAACCUAAUUAAAUAGUGUUCACUUGUG